AUGCCUUUGUUGCCCCAACCGGGCUUCUCGCUUGAACCAGUAGCAGCUCAAGUCUAUCAGGUCUCUGAAAUGGAGCGGGAACUGUCAGACGACCUUGCAGGUGAGCACGAAGAGCUCAAGAAGCAGGUCGAAACUGAGCGCGUGGAGCUCCUGAAGGUGCGUGCAAACCUGGAGAUGGAGUGCGAACGACGUUUGCAGGAGGCACGGUCCUUGGCCGAGUCUGUCCAGGAAAGCCAAAAACGUGCUCUCGCCGCCGAACAGGCAGCGACACAACGCUCCAAAGAUGCUACUGCGGAGAUUCAGGGGCUGCAAGAGCGGUUGCGGGAGGCGGAGGUACUCAGCACCAGAACCAAACUGUUUGAGAUUAUUUUCCGGGCAAUUGAAGAGUAUUGCAAGAGGAUUUUGACCCGUCGAAAGCUUCAAAAGUUGCUUGAAGGGCUUUGUGUUUUCAAUGCGCCAUCCUUGCAGACGGCUGAGAAGCAGGGCGAGAUUCGGGUGUCUGAAGCCCAAGCAUCUUUGCUCAAGGAGCUGGAAGAUUGGAAGGAGCAAUGCUCCAGGUUACAAGCAGAAAAAGAUACCAACCUUGCUGCGGAAGCACGCUCCAAGGCACUUUUGGAAGCGUUUGAGUGUGAGGAUAUGGAAAGACUGAAAGCAGACCAAGAAAAGCUGCAAUCGGUGGAGAUGGCGAGUUUAAGCCUUUGUCAAUCUGUUGAGCAGGAACAUCAAGCAGUCUUGCAAGACAUGGAACGUGUUCGCAUGAAUGGCUCAAGGUUUGACUGGCCACAAGCCGUACGUUUUUGUGUAAGACAAGACAGAACACUUAAAGACGUUUGCUUGAUGGAGUUCCAUUUGAGCGGUCGAGGUGCAGACCAUCAGCGAAUCACACAGGAAAAAGAGGAAGAAGCACGGCUUCGUCAAGAAGCUCAGCGCAAGCAUGCAGAAGUCCAAAAAGACAUGAACAAAGUAAAGGAAGAUCAACGAAGGCUUCAGACUGACAAGGACGCGGAAGAGCGAGCAAAACUGGAGGUGCAGCGCUUGCACCAGGCGGUCUUAGAUGAGAAAAACUCGCUGCAUGGGGAUCACGGCCACUUGCAGGAGCUUUUGAGUGCUGAGCAGAAAGCCAAGGAGGAGGUGCAGAGGAAACAUGCACAGGUGCGUCUCACAGAUAAACGGACAGCCUCAGAAGAGGAUUGGAGACUUACAUCGCUUCAGGCAAGGGAAGAGCAGUUGCGGAUGGAGGCGGAGCGAAAGCAUCAGCAGUUGACCGCAGACAUGGAAAAGCUCCGACAAGACCAAGCAAAGCUUCAAGCUGACAAAGAAGAUGAGAAAAGAGCCAAAGACGAGGCAGAGAGAAAGCAUGCCGCAGUGCUUCGAGACAUGCAGCAACUCCAAGCAGACCAAAACAAACUCCAGGCGGACCAUGCUGCAGAAAAGAGAGCAAAGGAAGAGGCUGAGAAGAAACAUCAAGAGGUCUUGGAAGAUCGCGAUAGAAUUUCCGGCGAUAUGCGGCAAUUGCAAAAUGACAAGGAUGCUGAACAGCGGGCAAAGCAGGAGAUGGAACGAAAGCACGAGGCUGCCCUGAAGCAGCUGGAGCUGGUUAAUGCAGACCAAGCCAAGCUGAAGCUGGACAAGGACUCAGAGUUGCAGGCUCGAUUGGAUAUGGAAGCCAAGCACCAGGCCCUCCUGCAGGAUUUGGAGCAGGUUCGCUACGAAAAGGAUCAGUUGCAUGGUCAACACCAGGGAUCCCGGACGCAGCUGGUUUCGGCCUCAUGUGGCAAGGAAUAG